AUGAUUGAAGAACAAGAUUAUCUCUGCAAAAGAAUUCUCUCUGAGUUAAAGAGAAUUCCUAUUUCAAAAUUAUUUACAGAUGAAAAUGCUCAUCUAAUUCCAAAACAGAUUACAAAGCCAAUUACAUUAGAUAUUAUUGAACAAAGAUUAGAUAGACACGUAUAUGCAAAUUCAGACGAAUGGGUAUCAGAUAUGAGACGAUUUUUAAUGAGAGAAUAUGAAAAUUCUCCAGAUAACAGUAUUAGAAAAGCUGCAGCAAUGCAAUUAAGUUCUGAAUUCGAAAAAUUAAUGGUCACUAUGCACCCUAGUUUAUCACCUCAUAUUAUAAAUGUUCAAAUUGCAGAGCACGAAAUUCGCGAAAUUGCAGAUAGUUUAAUUAUUGCAAAUACACCAACCAAACCAACAGAAAAUACUCCAUGUGCAAGUAUAUUUUCACAGAAAGAUGAAGAAAUUUCACCAAAGUCAAUUAUUCACAAAAUCAGAUUACUUAAAAGCCCAGAGCUCCUUCUUAGAGUUCUUGGCUAUAUUUAUAAGAAGCAACCUGAAUGUUUACUAUUUGGCCAGUCUACAAGUAUUGAAUUUUGCUUUAUGAAACCAGAACUGCUCGAAUCAUUGGAUAAAUUCUUACAAGAUCUUUUGUACGAUGCUGCAUCUGGCAAGAUUGAUCCACUUAGGAGAUCAGGAUUUUCAGAAAUUACCCCUGUUGAAUUAAAAGUUUUAUAA